AUGGUUCAAAACUUCAAACUCCUUUUAGCUGGCCUAGCUUCCACAAUCUUCGCUUCUCCCAUCUACGGUGCAGGCCCACCAGCAUUUCUCCUCGCAGGUGAUUCCACAACGGCCAUCCAAAAUGCCGCUAAAACAGGCGGUGGUUGGGGUAAUGGCUUCAUAUCUACUCUUCAAAACGGAGCCGGUGGCAUAAAUUAUGGACACAACGGUGCAACGACUGUGAGCUUCGUAAAUGGUGGUGAUUGGGCAAAUGUGCUGGCAUCUGUAGCGAAGUAUAAGUCGGCUUAUACAACUUUCGUGACUAUACAAUUCGGACACAAUGACCAGAAGGCAAAAGCAAAUAUCUCAGUCGCGGAAUACAAGACCAACCUGCAGAACAUGGCGGAAGAUGUCGUAGCUGCUGGAGCGACGCCGAUUCUUGUCACUCCUAUCAGUCGCCGAAAGUUCAGUAGUUCGGGUGGUGGUGUCGCCCAAGAUCUCGCCGUCCAAGCAAACGCUACCAUUGCAGUUGCCCAAUCUAUCGGUGCAUUCUACAUAGAUCUUAACCGCGCCUCUACGGACUACAUUAAUGAUAUCGGUGCGACUAACGCCGAGACGUAUAACCUAACACCCACGGAUUUCACACAUAUGAAUGAAGCGGCGAGUGUAUUGUUUGGAAAUAUGGUCAGCGAGUUGAUCGGUAAAUCCGUGGGCAGUGCUUUGGGCUUCGACAUUAAGACUUAUACAACACCAAAUGCGACGAUUGCAAAAGAUAUUGCUAGUGGGACUUAUGUCUUUCCCAGUGGAUUUGGAACUUUGUCAAGCAAUACCCUUUCAGCAUAA